UAUCUCUUUUAGUAUUAUGUUAUAUUGUGGAAUGUAACUCUGCUGUAAGUGAGAAUCACUUAAAUUAAUUCACUGUUAGAAACUAAUCAUAGAUGAUCUCAUCAACCGAUUUUGUUGGUUCAGCAUAGAGAUUUAUCAGAUGUACAAAUAUUUUUCUGAAAGGGCAUGGAGGAUUUGAUUGCCGGGAAAUAACUUGAAAACUGUUUUACAGAAAAAAAUCUUUGAAAAGUCUUAUCUUCGCUAGACUCGAAAUGGCUGCUGGGAAAUAUCAAGAAUCCUACUCUUCACGGUUUUCUUAUUGUAAAUAUCAAGUGUUCUUGAGUUUUAGAGGUGAAGACACCCGCAAGAACUUUACCGAUCACCUCUACAAGGCCCUGGUUGAUGCAGGGAUUCACGCAUUUAGAGAUGAUGAUGAAAUUCGGAGAGGAAAGAAUAUAGAGCUGGAGCUCCAGAAGGCAAUACAGCAAUCAAAAAUAGCGAUAAUCGUGUUCUCCAAAAACUAUGCUUGGUCGAGAUGGUGCCUCGAUGAACUCGUAAUGAUCAUGGAACGUAGGAGGACUACCGGCUCCAUAGUUUUCCCAGUUUUCUAUGAUGUGGAUCCAUCCCAAGUCGGACGUCAAACAGGGAGCUUCGCUGCAGCAUUUGUGGAACAUGAAAAGAGCUUCAACGAGGAGAUGGAGCGGGUGAAUGGGUGGAGAAUUGCUUUGAAGGAAGUGGCUGAUUUAGCUGGAAUGGUUUUAGGAGACAGGUAAGUUGUAUCUCUUUAU